CUCCCACUCUGCCUGACUUGGAUUUGUUCUUUCUGGUUCCCUUGAACACUGCAAGCCUCUGCCUACAUUCCUAUUUCAGCCCACUUCACUCCCGGAUGAGAAAGAUGUCCACAUGUACCUACAGUGUUUUCUCCCAUCUUCCUUGUACCUCCCUUGCCUUUGAUUAUUAUAUUUUUAAGUCAUGGAUGUCUCUCUUGUCUUUCUUUACCUUUGCAUCCAGCCCCUUCCAGGCCAGUGCUGUCUUAAGGCCAAAUUCUUUCUCCUCUGGGCGUGCAGCAAGGAGGGAUGGAGACACUGCUAGUUGGGCCAAGGAAGGGCUGCGGCCAGCAGGCAGAGCCAUAGGGCUAGGUCGGCCCUGUCUUGGUCACCUUAAAGCUGUAUUAGAAAACAGUUCCCAGAGAGGCAUCAGUGUCUGGAGGGCAGACCGGGGAACUCUGCAAACAUAAACUGAGUAAUGAAAAUGAAUCAGCAGAUCCCAGACCAGGUCCCAGGGAGCUCGUGUUUGCAGCUAAAAGGUGGAAGCAUGACCUUCUAAACAGCAUUCACCAGCGCCCAGGGCCAGUGCCAGGCUCCUGCAGACUGAGAUAACAGGCCCUGCCUUACAGGAACCCGCGGUCCUCUAGAGAAACCCCAAGGACACAGGUAAUCAUCACAUCUCUGAGGGGACUGGGAGGCCGUGCCCAGGCACCAGGCAGGUCUGGGUUUCCAACUUCCAGCUACACUGCGACCUGGAGCACACCCGUAACCUCUCUGAGCCCCUCUCUGGCUGGGUCCCACCCCCCACCCCUUUGGUCACUGUCUCCUUUAUUUUCCCUUAGGGUCCCUUCAUGUUGCCUUCCUGCCCCUCCUCUCCUACACCCUGCCUAAGAGAGGCUUCUGCUACAAAAACCUUCUACCCUAUGCGCCGGCCGACCUCUGGUGAGCUGCAAGAGGGUCUCUCCUGGGGUCCCAGAGUCCCUGGGGUGGACAAGAGCAGCCCUUCGUGGAAGGGAUAAUGCAACCCCGACAGGCCGUGGAAAGAAAGUGCGACCAUUUCACAGAAGAGGACACGGAGGUUCCCGGUAAUUCUGGGAGCCACUCGCUUGCGUUCCCUCGCUGGGCAGGGGCGCCUGGCUCAGAGGCCCUGAGCAAAGGAGGACAGACCCUAAACCGGACAGCAAGUGGCGUCCAGCUGGUUCUCCCUUUCCGUGACUGCUUCAAAGCUCUUAUAAACUAGGUAAGGUUUUCCCCACAAAUGGCUUCACUUCUCCACCCGCACUCUACCCUGCCCCCGGACCUGCGCUUCUUGGCCCCCUGAGCUGCGCCUGCUGCAUCCUAGGCCGAGAGGCCCAGGGGUCAGCUCAGGCGCUCGGUGCCCCGGGAUCCAGCUCCUGGGCCGCAGGGAAAGGGCUCUCGGACCGCAGGGGCGGGGCCUGCUGUAGGUGGGCGGGGCUGCGGCUCCCUCUUUCCUGCCUGGCUUCUACAGCCUCGCCCGCGGCCUCGCUGCCUGCCCUGCUCCAGGCUCUGCCUGCGCCGCCGAUUGCCCGGGUAUCGCGGGGGCCCAGGCUAGCUGAGUCCGUUUUCCGCGCCGGGGUGGCGCCCCUCCAUCCGUCCUAACGCCGGUCCGGCAGCAAGGAGUAAGUCUGCACCCGGUAGGGAGAGUCACGCUCCCUCGGCACCCCACCAAGUCCCUGCCGCGCAGGGGGCCAAGGAGGAGGGCCCUGAGCCCAGGAGGUGUUCCCGGGACCUCAGAGACCAGGCCCAGAGCUUGACAUCCCCGCAAGGAGACAGCCUCAUCUGCCCAGGUCGGUAAGGUCUCUGCAGGUGCCCAGGCUCUGGUGCAGCCCCCAGCAAUGCAUCGUCGGAGACUGGCCCUGGGUCUGGGGUUCUGCCUGUUGGCGGGCACAACCCUCAGUGUCCUGUGGGUGUACGUUGAGAACUGGCUGCCUGUCUCCUAUGUCCCCUAUUAUCUCCCCUGCCCAGAGGUCUUCAACAUGAAGCUGCACUGCAAGAGGGAGAAGCCGCUCCAGCCUGUGGCAUGGUCACAGUACCCCCAGCCCAAGCUGCUGGAGCACAGGCCCACACAGCUGCUGACACUCACACCCUGGUUAGCGCCCAUCGUCUCCGAGGGAACCUUCAACCCAGAGCUUCUGCAGCACAUCUACCAGCCACUGAACCUGACCAUUGGGGUCACGGUGUUUGCCGUGGGGAAGUACACUCACUUCAUCCAGUCCUUUCUGGAGUCAGCCGAGGAGUUCUUCAUGCGUGGGUACCGGGUGCACUACUACAUCUUCACUGACAACCCUGCAGCCGUUCCCGGGGUCCCACUGGGUCACCACCGGCUCCUCAGCACCAUUCCCAUCCAGGGUCACUCCAACUGGGAAGAGACAUCCAUGCGCCGGAUGGAGACCAUCAGCCAGCACAUUGCUAAGAGGGCCCACCGGGAGGUGGACUACCUCUUCUGCCUUGAUGUGGACAUGGUGUUUCGGAACCCGUGGGGCCCUGAGACCUUGGGAGACCUGGUGGCUGCCAUUCACCCAAGCUACUACGCCACACCCCGCCAGCAGUUUCCCUACGAGCGCAGGCGUGUUUCCACUGCCUUUGUGGCAGACAGCGAAGGGGACUUCUAUUAUGGUGGGAAAGUCUUCGGGGGGCAGGUGGCCAGGGUAUAUGAGUUUACCAGGGGCUGCCACAUGGCCAUCCUGGCGGACAAGGCCAAUGGCAUCAUGGCAGCCUGGCGGGAGGAAAGCCACCUGAAUCGUCGCUUCAUCUCAAACAAGCCGUCCAAGGUGCUGUCCCCCGAGUACCUCUGGGAUGACAGGAAGCCCCAGCCGCCCAGCCUGAAGCUGAUCCGCUUUUCUACACUGAACAAGGAUAUCAGCUCCUGAGGAGUUGACCAUGGAACUGGGGCUGCCAUGGAUGGGGAUCCAAAGCCCUGUAGCCACCAGCACUUCACUAGUGGGCAGACCAGCCCUGUUCCACCUCCCUCUGUCAGUCAGGCGAAUUCAACUGGAAAAGGGAUGUGGAAAGGCCACUGUGAACUGCAGAGGACUGUGCACACAGUAGCACACAAGAUCUCACACUAAUGUGGCACAGGAACGGUGAGACGGGGGAGGGGACGCGCAGUUACAAAGGCAGGGCCGGGCAGGCUUGCUGCGUUCUGCAGCAGUGCCUUUGUGGGGCAGGCUCCGAAGCCUCAGCCCGACUCAGAGUGCCUGAACCCUGCAGCACCAGCCUCCCGUUUAUUGCAUAUUGCCCUUAACACAGCAUUUCUAAUACACUAGUGUGAAGGCACCCUAGACCCCUUUUCUCUGGUCACAGGGGUCCUGGAUCCCUUGAUGUCUCCCAAUCACAUGUAGCCAAUUCCUCACUCAGGCCCCCAGAGCGAGCCUUUGAAAUGGAGCAGGUCUAGGCUCCCUCUGGUUUCCUGCGCCCCAAAGUGAGCCGCACUCUCAGGGGACUAGCCACCUCCUUCUGAAGAGGGUUUGGGGCAGUUUAUAAUAAAGGUAGUGCCGGGCGCGGUGGCUCAAGCCUGUAAUCCCAGCACUUUGGGAGGCCGAGACGGGCGGAUCACGAGGUCAGGAGAUCGAGACCAUCCUGGCUA